AUGGGUACGUCGCCUGGCCUGUUUUCCGGUCUACCUGGUGGCUCAUCCAGGCUCUGUCUCAAGAGGGAGCUCGACGAGGAGCAUAAACUCUGCCCCAAUCACACGUUCCGCCUUUCUGAGAACAAGCCUGACAAGGGCGAAAUGACGAGGGCAAAAAUCGACGGCGGCUUCUUUCACGACGAAGAUGCGCCGUUCAUCGUCUCUGAUGUCCCCAAUUGGCGCUUUUCGCGCUUCCUCGUCGAGUUCAAGCACGGAGGGAAUGCACUCGACCCCUUCCAUCAAGGGCCAAGAACAAGAGACGAUGCAGACGCGCGCACCCAAGUCCGUGGCCAGCUUUACGCAUACGCGGACUGUCUCCUCAACGCCCAGCAUCGCACCCAUGUUUUCAUGCUCUUCGUCAAUGGACCCGAGUUCCGCCUCUUGCACUGGGACAAGUCCGGCCUCAUGGUCAGCCACGCGUAUUCGUACGUCAACACUGAGGGCGACACCAGACGCCUUCUUUCCCUCCUUGCCGACCUGUCGGCACUGGAGCCCCAAGCUGCCGGCCUUGACCCCAGCGCGCACCGCCUCUCCCUGGGAUCAUGCGGAUGGAAGUGCAUGGACUGGGUCGCCGAAGAUCGGGAAACCGAUAUUGACGAGCCUUGCGUCACCGAGGUCUACAACACCUCCGACAUCUCUGCAGACUUCACCGAGGCGGUCGGCGACUGUCCGCACUUCACCACGGGCGGAGCAUACUCGGACCCGGAAGUGGAUAUGGUUGGCGAGGCGAAGGACGUGUGGUCGGCCCCACGGCGCACCUUCAAGUACAUCCGCACGUUGUUCAAACAGUCCCUCACGGAAGGCGCGCCGCGGUACGCGCUCGUCAUCGCCGGCAAGUUCUAUCUCGUCUGCGACCCCAUGGCUCGCACGCACGGACCGUUCGGACGGGGCACACGCGGGUGGCCUGCGCUCGAGUGGCACACACAGCGCCUGGUCUUCGUCAAGGACGCGUGGCAGCCCCACUACGACGGCGUCGAGCCGGAACAUGUCACCCUCAAGAAGCUCAACGAGGUCAAGGUCGAGGGCGUCCCCACGCUGAUCGCCGCGGAGGUGUACGCUGGGCAAGUCACGUACUUGUCUUCGGUCGCGGGCGUCACUUCUCCUGGACGGAAUACCCCCCUCGGCGGUGGCAAAUCGGCGGUGGCAGUUGACCGGGAUACCCCUCACGAGUUCACCCCUCCUUCUUCCCAAUUCGACCCCCAAAACCCCGUCGAUCCCACGUCUGGUUCAGGGUCCGGUGCCGCCGCCGGCCCUGCAGAUGGCGCACCAGUGUCCCAGGGCCUCGCGGGAGUACGGCACCUCCGACACGUCCGCAUGGUGGUUGCUGAGAUAUGCCUUCCGUUGAGGAAGUUCCCUCGUGGACUCGAUCUCAUUUUGAUCAUCCUCGACGCUAUUAACGCGCAUCAGCAAGCGUUCAACUCGGAGCACCAGCUGCUCCACCGGGACGUCAGCGUCGGAAACAUCCUCAUCCUGCCUCGGUUCGAGGACAACGGUGACGGGACGUCGCAGAUUGUGUGGCGUGGGAUCCUGGCGGACUGGGAGAUGGCGAAGAGCGUGCUUGUGACCAUCGCUACGCAGCCAAUGCGGACGGGGACGUGGGCGUUCAUGUCCAUCCUGUGCCAAAUGGACAAGACCAGGGCCAUCGAUGUGGACGACGAACUCGAGUCGUUCUUGCACGUCUUGAUCUUCAUGGCCGUUGUGUACAUGGCCAGCGACUGGGAGCCCCACGUCGUCGACGGGUUUGUACCGAGCUACUUCUAUCUCGGCCAACAGACCAAGAGCGGCCAGACGUGCACCCACACACGCCUAUUGUGCAUCCGACAAGGCACUAUCACGACUGGCCCCGACCAGCUCAAGCUCUACCAAGUCGAUCACGCCGGAAAGGAAGGCCCCGUGCACCCUUUGAACGACGUCCUCUCCAAACUCCUCGGACUGUUCCGCGCCCGCUUGCUCGUCCACGAGCAUAGUUUGCGCGCCCUGGCGCCAUCCCCACCGACCCCUGAGGCCGACGCUGGACCAAAGCCGGCCAUUCCAACCAGCGUCCUGGCGCGUCUCAAGAACCGACGCCCCCACGACGUUCUCCUCCCGUCAGCACCGCGAGCGCCAUCGGCACGGGACCUCGAGACCCUAAAGGGGGAGGCGGAAUUGCUCAAGAGCCACGACGUGUUCAUUUCGAUCCUGGAGACGGCUGUAGACCAGCACGCCUGGCCCGAACGAGACAGGUACAGUGACGUCGGGGUCUCGUUGCAGCAGCCGGCUGCGGAGGAGGAGGACCAGCAGGCGCAGGAUGGGGCAAAGGUUUCGCAGGGAGAACCGGAGGUUGGUACUCGGCGCGCCACUCGGUCGACUAGUGGGAUGUAG